UGAAUCCCACUUUUCUCACUGAAACUCAUUCUAUAUAAACCUCAUCAACCCAUUUCAUUUUCAGAACCAUCUCAAUCAGUUUAAUUCAGUUCAUUCCGAUUCAAUUCUCUUUAAAACUCCCAGCAAAAUAUAUAAACAAACUCUUUGCAGAAAUGGAAGGAACUUCAGAAAUUCUCAAACCCCAUAUCAUUAUGCUACCAAGUCCAGGUAUGGGUCAUCUUAUCCCAUUCGUUGAGUUAGCUAAACGACUCGUUCUUAAUCAUGGUUUCUCAGUUACAUUCACUAUUCCGACUGAUGCUGGGUCUCCUUCUAAAGCUCAGAAAUCUGUUCUUGAUUCCCUUCCUAGUUCUAUAAAAUCUAUAUUUUUAUCUCCUGUUGAUAUAAGUGAUUUACCAGCUAAUGUUAAGGGUGAAACGAAAAUUUCGCUAAUGGUAACUCGUUCAGUUCCAUCUCUUUCUAACUCGUUUAAACACAUUGGGUCGACUCAUAGGGUUGUUGCUUUUGUUGUUGAUGCUUUCGGAACUGAUACUUUUGAUGCUGCAAAUGAGUUUAAUAUCAAACCUUAUGUUUUCUUUGCAACAACGGCUAUGACUUUAGCGUUGUUUUCAUAUUUUCCUAAAAUGGAUGAAGAGUACUCUUGCGAGUAUAGAGAUGUGCCUGAGCCGAUUCGAAUUCCAGGGAGUAUUGCUAUCAAUGGGAUCGAUCUUAUUGACCCUAUGCAAGAUAGGAAAAAUGAUUCCUAUACAUGGAUUUUACAUCAUGCCAAAAGGUACAAACUUGCUGCCGGUGUCUUGCUAAAUACCUUUGAUGAAUUCGAAACAGAUACUAUUAAGUUUUUGAAGGGGAGUGAAUCAGGCAACCCACUGAUUUAUCCGAUUGGACCGCUUAUCAGGACAGGGGAGAAUGGCAAUGUAUCUGAUGAGGCGGGUUGUUUGAAGUGGUUGGAUGAUCAACCACUUGGGUCCGUUUUAUUCAUCUCGUUUGGAAGUGGUGGAACACUCUCUAGUGAGCAAUUGACUGAAUUGGCUCUAGGCCUAGAAAUGAGUGAGCAAAGAUUUCUGCUGGUUGCUAGAAGUCCCAGUGAUAAGGCUGCAAAUGCAACAUUCUUCAAUCCUCAAGGUAUCAGUGAUCCUUUUGAUUUCUUGCCAGAAGGGUUCUUAGAAAGAACGAAAAAACUUGGUUUGGUUGUUGAUUCAUGGUCUCCUCAAGUUCAAGUUCUUAGCCACACAUCGACAGGCGGCUUCUUAACUCAUUGUGGAUGGAAUUCAACCCUUGAAAGCGUGGUACACGGUGUCCCUUUAAUUGCCUGGCCACUCUAUGCUGAGCAAAAAAUGAAUGCUUUAAUGCUUGAAGGUUUCAAGGUUGCAAUAAGGCCAAAGGCAGACGAACGAGGUAUUAUAAGACGUGAUGAGAUUUCUAGAGUUGUCAAGGGACUUAUGGAAGGAGAGGAAGGUAAGACUAUAAAGAGCAGGAUGACAGAACUUCAAAGUGCUGCAUCAAAUGUGUUAGAAGAAAAUGGGUCUUCAGCUAAGUCACUUGAUGAAUUGGCAAAUGUAUGGAAAAAUCAGACAACAACAUAGAAGUUUCACUUUUGUGCACAUGAUUGUUUUUAGUUUGGUCUUAUUUGGGAGCUUUUAUGUAUUCUAUAUUGCCAUGUUGAUGUGAUUGUGAUUUUGUUUAAUAAUAUUGUCUUGUGUGUUUGUCCCGGUCA